AUGAAAAAGCCUGAUAAUUCAGUUACAAUUAAAAAAGGUCAAAUACCAAAUAUAUUAAUUCAUUCUGAAAAAGUGUCUUCAAAAGAAAUAACAGUUUUUAGGAAUUUAGGAUUAUUUGAUUUGUUAAAUGAUACUUUUGUUUCAUCUUUGAAACAUUUUUAUGCCUCUUCUGCUGGAAUACAGGAAGGAAAAAAAAGAUGUUCUGGAGAGAUUGUUGUUCAAUUACAGGGAAAUCAUUUGAAAACUAUCAAGAAGUUUUUUAAAGACAAAUAUGGAUUAGAUGGAAAAUAUAUUAAAAUUGAGUAA